CAAUCAAGCUAUAAUUCUUCGUCAUCGUUCGUCCCGCUAGAGCUUUUAGUUCCGCGUGAGCUACAAAUGUCCUCCUGCUUGUGCUUUCGAAACAUUUUACCAUCAAAAAAGGAGAAGAGUUCUGAAUCCAACGGAGCAAAUAAUCAACAGCAGACAAAGCAACCUGAAGGUUCGCAGGAAACACCAGACAACAUGACACAAUCAGCUUCGGCCUCUUUGAAGAACCCAUCCUUCGUCCUCCAAUCCAAAGACCAUGUAUCCAUCGAAGAUAGGCCAGUCCCCGAACUGAAAAACCCCUACGACGUUCUCAUCAAGCCUCGAUGGACCGGUAUCUGCGGCUCAGACGUGCACUACUGGGUAGAAGGCCGCAUUGGCAGCUUCGUCGUUGAGAAGCCCAUGGUCCUUGGCCAUGAGUCCGCAGGUAUCGUCUCUCAAGUUGGCUCCGCAGUCAAGACGCUCAAGGUCGGCGAUCGAGUCGCUAUGGAACCCGGUAUUCCUUGCCGCCGUUGCGUGAGGUGCAAGGAGGGCCGAUACAAUCUCUGCCCGGACAUGGCUUUCGCAGCCACACCCCCAUACGAUGGUACCCUGGCGAGAUACUACGUCCUUCCCGAGGACCUCUGCGUCAAGUUGCCAGAGAACAUGUCUCUGGAGGAGGGUGCCCUCAUCGAGCCCACUGCCGUCGGUGUCCACAUCACAAGAGCGGCUGGCGUCAAGCCCGGCGACAGUGUUGUUGUUUUCGGUGCCGGUCCAGUCGGUUUGCUUUGCUGCACCGUCGCAAAGGCAUACGGAGCUUCAAAGAUCGUCACGGUGGAUAUCAACGAGGACAGAAUCAAAUUCGCUCUCUCCUACGCAGCUACACAUGCUUUCAGGAGCGCCAGGGUGAGCGCAGAGGAGAACGCAAAGAACUUGAUUCGGGACUGUGAACUCGGACCUGGUGCGGAUAUCAUCAUUGAUGCCAGUGGUGCGGAGCCUUGCAUUCAGACUGCUAUCCACGCUCUGCGAACAGGCGGAACAUAUAUCCAGGGUGGCAUGGGAAAGCCUGACAUUAACUUCCCCAUCAUGACAAUGUGCGCAAAAGAACUCAACGUCAAGGGGUCUUUCCGCUACGGUCCCGAUGAUUACAAGACUGCCGUCGAACUCGUAGCUACAGGCCGAAUCAGCGUGAAGGAGCUCAUUACUGGCAAGGUGAAAUUCGAUGAGGCGGAGAACGCCUUCAAGGACGUAAAGGCGGCAAAAGGAAUCAAGAUCUUGAUCGAGGGACCCGAAGAGUAGAUCAGCUUCGAUCAGACUGCUUUGUUCAUGAAAAAAGUUUGGUGGCGGGAGGAGUUGCGGAGUGUGGGCAUUGAGCAGAGUCCUAUAUGGAGGGGCUUUUCUGCUAGACGAGAUCAACGAAAUCUUUAUUUUUCAAAUUUCCUCUCAGAUCUACUCGCGAUUUUUUUACGAAUGCUUUCGUAUAUACGAUGGUACCUAUGCUUACAACCUGGCGUACAUACAUAUAAGUCUGAGUUAGGC